AUGUUUGCUUCUACUCUCUCCUUGGGCCUGGCGCUUCUGCCUUUUGUGUCUGCUGCCAUCCAUGAUGUCCAAGUCGGUGCUAGUGGGAAGCUGCUCUACUACCCGGAAGCCAUUGCCGCUCACCCUGGUGAUCAAGUGGUUUUCCACUUCCAUGCCAAGAACCACACAGCGACUCAGUCGUCCUUUGCUGAUCCCUGUGGAAGGAAAGAGGGCGGUUUCAACUCUGGAUUCCAACCGGUUCCGGUUAACCAGACCGACCAUUUGCCCACCUUCACCGUGCACGUUAAUGACACCGAGCCAAUCUGGGUGUACUGUGCCCAGGCUGUCCGUACUCCCAACAGCCAUUGCGGGCUGGGAAUGGUCUUUGCCAUUAACUGUGGUUAUGACGAUGAGCCCAACUCGUUCGGCAACUUUAAGAAGGCUGCUCUUGCUGUCGGCGCAAGCCUCUCUGCUGCUGCCGCUGCCUCCACCUCGGCCUAUGCCUACCCCACUCCCGAUGCUCACACCACUUCUACCGCCUGGACAACCGCCGCUUACGGAGACUACACCAUCCCCCCUGCACCCCACCCAACCCCUGUCACCCAGGCCGUCACCCUCGGCGAUCAGACUUGGACCACGACCUACGAGUCGUACCCCAACUCGCCCGCCCCCACCCCGGCUUCCGCUGAGGGUGUCGUUCACAAGGUUAUCGUCGGUGGUCCCGGCAAGCUUACUUUCGACCCCCCUAAUGUCUCUGCCCUUCCCCGGGACACGAUCGUCUUCGAAUUCCACCAGAAGAACCACACCGUCACCCAAUCUGCUUUCGACGACCCGUGCCGCCCAUUCAACGCCAACGGUCUCACUGGCUUCGAUUCUGGAUUCUUCCCCGUUGCUGACGAUGCAACUGAAUUCCCUACCUGGAACUACACCGUCACCGAUACUGCACCGGUUUGGGCCUACUGCCGUCAAGGAAACCACUGCGGUGCUGGAAUGGUCUUCUCGAUCAACUCGGACGAAUCUUCUGGCCGCAACUUCCAGGCAUUCCAGAACGUGGCUAAGGCAUUGAACGGCACUGCGGUUGCUGCCGUCACGAGCGCUGCUCCUACUGCCACCACAACCGACAGCGGUGCCAACCCCAUCAAGAUUGGUGGUGCCAGCAUUUCGCUGCUUGCUGCUGCUCUCGUAGGCUACCUGCUAUAG